CGCGUGGGAGAGGACGCAGAGACGCAGGGGCAGCCGGGCCAGAGUGACAAGCUGCGCACCUGGAAAGUUACACGGCUGUCUGGUCCUUGAGCAAAAUGGGAAAUGGUUCAGUGAAACCCAAACACCACAAGCAUCCCGAUGGCCAGUAUGGGCCCCUCACUGCUGAUGCCCUGCGGAACAAGGUGAUGGAGUUGGAGAGAGAGCUGAGGAGGAAGGAUGCUGAGAUCCAGGAGCGGGAGUACCAUCUGAAGGAACUUCGGGAGCAGAUCUCAAAGCAGACUGUGGCCAUUGCCGAGCUCACGGAGGAGCUCCAGAACAAGUGCAUCCAGCUGAACAAGCUUCAGGAUGUGGUGCACAUCCAGGGAGGAAGCCUGCUGCAGGCCUCUCCAGACAAAGUGCCUCUGGAGGUCCACCGGAAAGCCUCGGGAUUGGUCUCUCUCCAUAGCAGGAGAGGGGCAAAGGCUGGGGUGUCUGCUGAGCCAACCACCCGGACCUAUGACCUCAACAAACCCCCUGAAUUUUCCUUUGAGAAAGCAAGAGUCAGAAAGGACUCCAGUGAGAAGAAGCUCAUUACAGAUGCUCUUAAUAAGAAUCAAUUUCUAAAGAGACUGGACCCUCAGCAGAUCAAAGACAUGGUGGAGUGCAUGUAUGGGAGAAACUACCAGCAAGGGAGUUACAUUAUCAAGCAAGGAGAGCCAGGAAACCACAUCUUUGUGCUGGCAGAGGGCCGAGUAGAGGUGUCCCAAGGGGAGAAAUUGCUGCCAUCCAUUCCCAUGUGGACCACGUUUGGGGAACUAGCCAUUUUAUACAACUGUACAAGGACUGCAUCUGUGAAAGCCAUUACCAAUGUGAAAACUUGGGCGCUAGAUCGAGAGGUAUUCCAAAAUAUAAUGAGAAGGACGGCUCAAGCUAGAGAUGAAGAGUACAGAAACUUCCUCAGAAGUGUAUCAUUGCUGAAGAAUUUACCUGAAGACAAAUUAACCAAGAUCAUUGACUGCUUGGAAGUGGAAUACUAUGACAAAGGAGAUUACAUUAUACGAGAGGGCGAGGAAGGAAGUACCUUUUUCAUUUUAGCCAAAGGAACGGUAAAAGUCACCCAGAGUACAGAGGGCCAUGAUCAGCCACAACUGAUAAAAACUCUGCAGAAAGGAGAAUACUUUGGAGAGAAGGCUCUUAUCAGUGAAGAUGUCAGAUCAGCUAACAUCAUUGCUGAGGAAAAUGAUGUCGCAUGCCUCGUUAUAGAUCGAGAAACAUUCAACCAAACAGUUGGGACUUUUGAAGAACUCCAAAAAUACCUUGAAGGCUAUGUGGCAAACCUGACCCGCGAUGAUGAAAAAAGACAUGCGAAGAGAUCCAUGUCUAACCAGAAGCUGUCCAAAGCACUCUCUCUGGAGAUGAUUCAGCUGAAGGAGAAGGUGGCCAGAUUUUCCUCUUCAUCCCCAUUCCAGAACCUUGAGAUUAUUGCAACUCUGGGCGUUGGUGGGUUCGGAAGAGUUGAGCUUGUUAAAGUAAAAAACGAGAACGUUGCUUUUGCUAUGAAGUGUAUAAGGAAGAAGCACAUCGUUGAUACUAAGCAACAGGAGCAUGUCUACUCAGAAAAGAGGAUCCUAGAAGAGUUGUGUUCUCCCUUCAUUGUGAAAUUGUAUCGUACUUUCAAGGACAAUAAGUACGUAUACAUGCUUCUGGAAGCCUGCUUAGGUGGGGAGCUGUGGAGUAUAUUAAGAGACAGAGGCAGCUUUGAUGAACCCACCUCCAAGUUCUGCGUUGCUUGCGUGACUGAAGCAUUUGAUUACCUGCAUCGACUAGGUAUUAUCUACAGAGACCUGAAGCCAGAAAACUUAAUUCUGGAUGCUGAGGGCUAUCUGAAAUUGGUUGACUUUGGAUUUGCUAAGAAAUUAGGAUCUGGACAGAAAACGUGGACGUUCUGUGGGACCCCGGAGUAUGUAGCUCCAGAAGUCAUUCUCAACAAAGGCCAUGACUUCAGCGUGGAUUUUUGGUCCCUGGGAAUCCUAGUUUAUGAGCUCCUAACGGGCAAUCCACCCUUUUCUGGGAUUGACCAAAUGAUGACCUACAAUUUGAUUCUCAAAGGAAUUGAAAAAAUGGAUUUUCCCAGAAAAAUAACAAGACGACCCGAGGAUUUGAUUAGGAGACUUUGCAGGCAAAAUCCAACAGAAAGACUGGGAAAUCUGAAGAAUGGAAUCAAUGACAUUAAGAAACACAGGUGGUUAAAUGGUUUUAAUUGGGAAGGACUGAAAGCUCGGAACCUUCCAUCACCUUUACGAAGAGAGCUCAGUGGACCCACAGAUCACAGCUACUUUGACAAGUAUCCUCCUGAAAAGGGAGUGCCUCCAGAUGAGCUGUCAGGCUGGGAUAAAGACUUCUGACAGAAAAAAAAAAAGAUGAAUACUGCCUGUCUACUACAGGAGAUGGCGGGGAGCACCAAUAAUCCAGUACUGAUGAUUUCUCUCUCUGGAGUGUUAGGAUAUCUUUUGGAAGACCAUUGGGAAAAGAAAUCCCUGCCCACGAGCUGGGGUGGAUGACAGUAGGUACAGAGGUGGUUCGGAAUUAUAAUGUCUUAUUUAGAUGCUGUGAAUUAUUCAUGUAAUUCUGUUUUUGUUUUUCUCAAGUGUUGAAGGCUAUUCUAUCCACAGUCAGAACCAUUUUUGUAGAAGGGGUGCAGUGUUCUCUGCAAUAGAUUUCCCUACCCCCAUCAUAUCCCUCUCCUUUGAGUCCUAAUAAGGUUUCAUAGUGUCUUGCCCUUGAACAACUAA